AUGCCCUCGUCUGCGGCGACGACCGUCACCAAGACGCCCAAGGACAAGGCGCCCGACGCCGGGGUCGACGGCGAUGGCGUCGACAAGCACGACUUCUUCUGGACCUACACCGAGGAGCCGCAUCGCACCCGGCGCCUGGCCAUCAUCAAGGCUCAUCCCGAGAUCACCAAGCUCUGCGGCCCUGAGCCCCUGACCAAGUACGUCGUCACGGGCGUCGUCGCCCUGCAGACGUUCCUGGCGUGGUAUCUCCAUGAGACGCCCUUCUGGUCGCUCAAGUUCUGGCUCGUGGCCUACGUCGUCGGCGCGACGGCCAACCAGAACCUGUUCCUUGCCAUCCACGAGAUCUCGCACAACCUCGCCUUCCGCAGUCCCGUCGCCAACCGCGUCUUCGCCAUCUUCGCCAACCUUCCCAUCGGCAUUCCCUACAGCGCCUCGUUCCGACCGUACCAUCUCACCCACCACAAGUCGCUCGGCGUCGAUGGCGUCGACACGGACCUGCCCACCGCCCUCGAGGCCUUCGUCCUCGAUACCAUCCUCGGCAAGGCCUUUUUCUGCACCUUCCAGAUCUUCUUCUACGCCAUCCGCCCCAUGACCGUCUACCGCGUGCCUCUCACUCGCGUUCACUACCUCAAUAUUGCCGCUCAGCUUGCCUUCGACUACGCCCUCGUUCACUUCACCGGCGGGUCCAAGGCCCUCCUGUACCUCCUUCUCUCCUCCUUCCUCGCCGGCAGCCUCCACCCCGUCGCCGGCCACUUCAUCGCCGAGCACUAUGUAUACGAGACGGUCACGCCCACGCAGCGCAACCCGGACAACGGCGUCCCCGUCCCCGAGACCUUCUCCUACUACGGGCCCCUCAACUGGCUCACCUACAACGUCGGCCUCCACAACGAGCACCACGACUUCCCCGCCGUGCCGUGGACCCGCCUCCCCGCCGUCUACGACACCGCCCGCGAGUUCUACCAGGACCUGCCCCGUCACGAGUCCUGGAGCUAUGCCAUCUGGCGCUUCAUCUGGGACCCCAACGUCGGGCUCAACUGCCGCGUCAAGCGCAAGCAGGGCGGCCGCAUCGUCGGCGGCGCCGUCAACUGGAAGGAGUCGGAGAUUCAGGCGUAA